UAAGCGGAAGCGAAUGGAUGGAUGGAUGAAGUCGGUCUCAAAACCUCAUUCGGUAUAUAUGAUGAACAGUUCAAUCUAUUCCUCGUAGUCCAUCAUACGUCAGUUCUCUUUAUCUUGAGGGCUAAAUGUGGAAGUAAAACUGAUACCGCACUCUAACAUCCUCUGAACACAUGAAAAGACAACCAACAUAUUCUCACACUGCAGUCUGUUCAGAGCAGCUGGCACACUUUUACUUUUGAGGGAAAACGUUUGAAGGCUGAGUGGCUGAACAGCGAGCAGACAUGGAAGCUGCAGCCGGACUGUUGGUGAUGUUGCUCGGAGUCUGUUAUGGUGUGGAAACUCACUGUGAUGGCAGACAGGAUGGAGCUCAGUGUUAUGGAGCUUUGGGAGGAAGUGUGGACAUCCAGCUGAUGGACAGCAGCUCAGAAAUACCUAGAUAUGGACUGUUCAAGAAUUCAUUAAGAAUACUAGAUGUGAGAAAUAAUAAGGCUAUUCUUAAUACCAUAAAACAUAGGUCUGUUUUUCCCAGUAAUGGAACAUUUAGGAUCAAUAACCUGAGCAGGAAUGAUGGUGGUAAAUUUACCCUUCAAACCUUUGAUUCAGAGGGAAGAACAUCAGGCGAGCGGACUUUACAGCUGUUUAUUCAAGCUCCUGUGUCCUCUGUCCUGCUGGUCUCUGAGUGUCUGUCCCAGGGAGAGAUGAGGGUGUCCUGCUCCUCUGAGGGAGGGGACAGUCCUCAGUACAGCUGGACUCUGGAUGGACGCACACUGACAGAUGCUGAGCUCCUUUCUAGAAACAAUGAGGGUAACAACAUCACUCUGAACCAGCACGUCUCAGGACAUCUGGUCUGCUCAGUCAGGAACAACGUCAGUAAAGUCUCCAAAGAAGAGAGGAUAUCUACCUGUGGCUUUAUUUUCAUUAACUGCACUUCAGUCAGUGGGACACAGAUAUCAGGGUGGGUGCAUAAAGACAAUAACAGCCUGUGUAUUAAACCAACACAGACCUCUGUGGGUGAGGAGAAUGGAACUAACAGUGAUGCCCCAUGGUACAUUAGCAAUUUGCCUCUGAUCGGUGGGGUUCUCUCAGCACUGAUCAUUUUCUCGGUUGUGGGUGUAGCAGUCUUCUGUGCUCAAAGAAAAAAGGAAAACCCCAAACCUGCAAACAAAGAGGAAGAAGAUGACCAGGAAAUCUUUGCUGAUGUCAGGGACAUAAAGCAGCAGGUGCAGCAGAUGGAGAAAAUAGCAGAGGUGGAGUAUGGCCGAGUCAAGUCUGCAAAGCGACCUCGGAAAACUAAACCAACAGCAGACGAUAGUUUGUAUGCCAACAUCCAUAAAGUCCGGUGAUUUAAGUGGUCAGUGCUUCUACAGAGACUGCAUCACUGAAGGUGGGAGGAGGUGAUGUGAAAAUGCUUUAACGUCUUUAAUUUGAUGUGAUUUCCAAUGAGAAAAAUACAAACCAUCAAUACUCAUCCUUAUUGAUUGUUUUUUUUAUUUACUUUUUUAUUUUAACUCCAGUUCUGUAUUAUAACAGGACAUAAGUGCAUCUAUUAGUAGAUCAUUUACUGUGUUACAAAAAUACUGUCUGGACCACUGCAGAAUAAUUAAAAAAAAACUUUUGAAAAAACAUUAAACAACAUGUUUUAUGAAUUUGACUGGCAAACUUUCAAACUGUUUGUUAUAGAUAUAAUAAUAUCAAUAUUAAUAAUGUUCUGUGAUCAAUCUGGGAUCUUUGUCAGUGUCUUGACAGCUCAUUUGUACGUACAAUGAGCUCAGAGCCAGUUUAAGUAGACUAACUCCUCAGUAUAGACUGUUUACACAAGUGGCCUUGGUCUACUCCCCUUAGUUUUGUUCAUGUUAAAAGGAGUCAUUGGUUUUUGGUAUUUGGGAUUUUUUAUGAGGUCUUUUAAAAAUUAAAACAUCAGUGAAAUAGCAUUUCAAUUAAUUAUUAAAAUCUGAAAUUUGUAAUUUUGCUUAACCUGUUUUUCUGUCCGUGCUAGCUCCAGCCCCUGCCCUUUGAUUUAUUUCAUAGAUAACCUAUUAGAAUUAAUUUGAUUUCACAACU